CCUGAUCCCUCUGUGGAGGUGUUCUCACAGUCUCCAGCCUCUGUUUCUAGCCCUGGUGAUCCUUCGCCCCUACCAUCGAGCAUGCCUAGUUCUAUCGGGUCGCUCACCUCUAUCUCUAUCGCCGACAGUCUUUCUCACCCGCCUACUGCCACUUCUACUAGCAUCAGAGAUCUCCAGUUUCCUCCCCUCGUUGUCACUGGGACAUCGUCUACGGCCGACAUGCCCUACAAUCCUUCCUGCCAAGCUCUUUAUGAGACCAUUCCUCCUAUCCCCAACAGUGCGCCACCAACAGCCCAGGCCCCUAAAACUAUCUCUGAUACGGUCACCACUUACCAGACAGAUUCUAAUUUACUCAAGUCAUCUUCAAGUCUUCGCCAGCUAGCUGACAUUGCGGCAUCAUUGGCUGAUUAUGCUGAAGUACGUCCAGAGCCUGGUCCUCGAACGAACUCCUGUCCAGAGCCAAUUUUUUCUUCUGCUGGGUUGUCCUUGAAUUCUGUGGAAACAAGCAUUUCUGAGUCCGUUCCUCGUCGCAUGGACUCUGGCUCCCUAAACCUAGUAAGCCUGGCAGCACAGACGGCUCUCCUUCUGCCAAAUACCCCAGGCCCAUCCGCCACACUUCCGGCACAGUCAAUACUCCAUACACAGCUUCUUCCGUCAAUGCCGACAUUAAUACCUCUUUCGUCAGCUCCAAUCAUAUCCUCGUCCUCUCCUUUAUCUUCAUCUACCUUCUCGGCUCCUUCCGCGCCAGUGGUUUCCACUGUCGUCUCCAACUCCUCCGUCCCUACACGUUUGCCUGUCGUCGUAAACGGACUAGGCGGCCUCGAUUGUGGCCUGGUGCCUCCCUUCGCUACGGCCACUACAACCCUUGGUCUCGUUGGCAAGAAUGCCCUUGGCCAGUUGGUGCUGUUGAGCGGCGGACAUUUGAAUGGACUGAUUCGUCAGGCCGUGUGA